AUGAGGCCUUACAUUUCCGCGUCCACGGCGGGAAGAGGUCUCAUCUGCGACACCGUCAACAUCCUUUCUCCUGAUCCGCGCCCUCGCCUGUCCUUCACCGACGAUGGCCCUGGGAAGCUCUCAGUCUUCGGUCCUCGCCACGAUAACGACAAUGAAAACUACAGAAAGAUCAAGAUCCUCCCAACUGCAGACGAAAUCCUCGCUGUCCAUCGACCAACAUACAUGCCGAAAAAAGAUCUCUCUGAAGAGCACUUUCUGGACAAUGGGCCUGGUAGAUUGUUGGAUACGCUUUUCCGACAACUGCGAUAUGACAGCACUGAGAACAUUCGGGACAUAUGCUAUUCAGCCUCACAGAUCGCCUUCCUCGGCAGCGGCACAGAUCCUGGGGGCCAUGUCCGUCAAGAGACUGGAGCUGGCAACCGAUACUUCCUGUACAACAACGUCAAAAUCGAAGAGUUGCUUUCACACGAGCAAAUGGCAAUGGUCGUCCGUGUCAGCUACGACUGCCCACCUUUCAUGAGGGCUCAGAAGUUAUAUGACUCUGGCCGGUUUCAAAAAGGCAUGUUGGUGGCAUUGCUCCAACUAAACCACGCUACCAUGAAGUUGUCUGUCUACUUCUUGGAGGUCCAUUUAGCUCAAAGCACCUUCUCUAUGGAAUGCUUUGACGGACGUGGCACUCGAGCAGCAGUCCAGCUUUCUUUCCUCCCCACAACCACCCACGACGAUGUCCUUCAGCUUUGCCGCCACGCUUUGGGCCUUUGCGAAGGAAACGAACUGUACCUGGUGGAAUUCCCGAAAGUUCUCUUCGCUGGCUUCUACAACUGUCUCAAGCGGUUGCAACAGAUGGCAGAAACAGAUUUCGCCUUCCAGAGCUAUGUUGCACCUGACAAGGAUGUCAAUGGGGCGUUAUUAGCCAGAAAUCUGAACUCGGUUGCCGGAUUGCACUCCCAAUUCCCGUGUCCCCCACCUUCUUAUGCGCUCUCAUCGGACUUCGCAUACAAUCUCACCAAGCUUGUCCCACUCACAUGCCCGAUUGCCUCUGCAUCCGUACGAGAUUUGUCGCGGCCCUCUGCGCUAGACAUGCUCAGCCGCGAAACCACUCUGGAUGAAGGUCAAGCUGUGGCCUUCAGAGACAGCCUUCUGCGGGAGUAUGCAUGCACACAAGGUCCACCGGGAUGCGGCAAGACUUUUCUGGGCGUCCAGCUAACCAAGACACUUCUCGAUUCUCGACCGACACAGAAGCCUAUCCUACUGGUGUGCCUGACAAAUCACGCCCUGGACAGUUUCCUUGCCGAUCUGCGAGACGCUGGCGUCUCCAAUCUGCUCCGAGUCGGUUCCGCUAGCAAGGAAGACUGGACAGAUGCAAUCAAUCUUCGUAGCUUGCGACGAAAGACGCGAAUGAAGAAGGAGAAUGCCCAAAUGCUGCAUGCCAAUGGCCUCCAAAAGAAACUGCUAUUCGCAGAACUCGAUUCAUUGUGCAAAGCGCUUUCUUCCCAGACGCAUAGCGGAACUCCUCCAUGGCACUAUGUCGAGGGCAUUCUGCGCAACAAAUAUCCGGAUGUUCAUUCUCAAUUUAUGACAAAUCCUCGCGUCUCCCUUGCACAAUCCUUUACUUUCGAAUACUGGUCGGGAGGGGGAGACUUGAAGACGAUUCGGGAUUUACACCUUGAGCUGGCUUGCAGACUUGCCCAGACCUCAAACGACGGAGCAAGACCGACUCAAGAAAAUGUUGAUGAAAUCCUUCUCGACAUAUCUUACCGUGCUGAGCUUCAGAGUGCAAAUGCCGGGGAGUCCAGCAUAUGGAACUUGCCUCUGCGCGAACGUCAGUCUAUGCUUCGGCGCUGGGAAGCGGAGGUCGAUAAAGAAAAAUUUGCAGACAAGAUGGCUUCUCUUUAUUCCGAAUCGCGUGUGUACACUGACAAGAUCAAGACGAUCAACGAUGGGCGUGAUGUGCAGAUCAUGUCAUCUCAAAACAUCAUCGCUAUGACCACAACCGCAUGCGCUGCCCGCUGGGAACUCCUGCGAUCAGUGGAUCCUGAAAUCCUCAUUUGUGAAGAGGCUGCCGAGGUUAUGGAAGCACAUGCACUGUGCACUUUGCUCCCUUCGCUGAAACAUGCAAUUUUCAUUGGCGAUCCUCAGCAGCUGCGGCCCGAGACGAACGAGCAGUCUCUCAGUCUCGAGACAUCGGUCGGGCGUCAGUAUCGAUUGGACGAGUCCUUGCUGGAGCGACUGAUGUUUCCUCAUGACAUGUCGGCAUCGGUAAUACCAUCAAGCCACUUGAGCGUCCAACGCCGAAUGCAUCCUGAUAUUGCAAAUAUCACUCGCCUGACUUAUCCUUAUCUCACGGAUCACGAGUCUACGCUCCAACGCUCACCAACUCAUGGCAUUGCACACAGAGUCUUUUGGUGGGAUCAUCGAGUUCCGGAACUUGAAUCAGACGACUUAAAGUCCCACGCCAAUCUGCAUGAAGUUGAGAUGGUUGCCUCCCUUGUCGAGUACCUGCUUCGCAGUGGUGCCUAUUCGCAAGGAGAAGUUGCAGUCCUAACUCCGUAUGCGGGUCAGCUGUUGAAACUCUACGAACGGCUGGCCACAACGUGUGACAUCUGGCUCUCUGAAAAAGACCGGGAAGCACUGCUUGGUGAAGAGAUCCUUGGCCUUGGUGAUGAAGGCAGGACAUCCAAGGACGAAGUUGCGAUCUCCGACAUGCUCAGAAUUGCGACAGUUGACAAUUUCCAGGGUGAAGAGGCAAAAGUCAUCAUACUAAGCACUGUCCGAAGCGGAGGUACCGCUGGUUUCUUGAAGACGUUGAAUCGCAUCAAUGUCGCCUGCAGCAGGGCUCGUAACGGCUUUUACAUCGUUGGCAAUUCUCAGACUCUAUCUCAAGUACCCAGGUGGAGAGAAGUCAUCAACGCACUCAGUGGGAAGAUUGGAGGUUCGAUCAUGACUCAGUGCCAUGUGCAUCCCGACCAUCGCCAUCUCGUUGAGCAGCCAGAGGACUUUCGAGACGUCCCAGAAUGUUCAGCGCCUUGCGGCACGACUUUGCCCUGCGGUCAUAUAUGCCAGGAGAAAUGUCACCCACCUCAGCUCCACUCCCGCCUGACCUGUCAAGAGAAAUGUGCCAAGGUCUUCCAACCGUGCGGGCACAAAUGUGAGAAGCUGUGCUAUCAGAGAUGCGGAAAAUGUGACGCUGUUAUCGACGAUGCCACUCUUGAUUGCAGUCAUCACGGAAAGAAACUCUGCUCAGGCGACACUUCCAAGUGUGAGGCCGUGGUAGAGAAGAGAAUUCUCAACUGUGGUCACUCUCUGAAGAUCUUGUGUGGUGAAGAUCCUGACGAAAAGAUUACAUGCCAACAAGCAUGCUGCGCGACACUCACUUGCGGCCAUCCUUGCAGCGGAAAAUGCGGUGUCUGCAAUAACAAAAAACAAGGAAAGCAUGAGUCUUGCACGCAUAUAUGCAAUCGUCUCAAAGCAUGUGGCCAUUUCUGCAAGGAGACUUGUCACGUCGGAAACUCGUGCCCAAGGUCCUGUGUCGAACCCUGCUUGGAUAGGUGCGAGCAUGGACCUUGUAGGAAUCGAUGCCAGGACAUUUGCGACCCCUGCGUCAAGCAGACUGUCGCUGGCUGUGAGCACGAAAUACCGUCAGAUAUCCUUUGUUGUCUUCCAAGCCUAUCGUUACCCUGCUGUCAGCCCUGUCCUCGGACUCUGGAAUGUGGCCACGCGUGCCCAUCAUUUCACGGUGAGAAGUGUCCCCCACCGGAGCUCUGCUCGGAAUGCCUCACUGGGGUGAGAGGUCCUAUGGUUCUUUACGCUCCAAAAUGCGGACACAUUGCAGAGAUCGCCCAGCUGGAUGCCCGCAAUCUCCACGGCAUUUACAAAGUGGACGAUGAUGGGGUUAUUUUAUCAAUCAAUUCAGGCGUCAAGUCACAAGACAUUGCACCACCGAAAUGUUUGUGUGGAGAGUCCUUGCAUGGCAUUCGCCGUUACCGACUCCAUUCGAAGUUGGUUGCCUUCAAGAACACUUUUGACCUUCUUCUGGCAAAAAUAGGUCGCAAGCUAGCAGCCUUUGCCACCGUGAUCGAAGUCCAGGAAAAGCAGUUGGAUCGGACGUUCAAAGCAUGUGUGGAAGAGAUCCGGCCGAAUCCCUUAGCAGCUAAAUCGAAUGCCAGCCUCGUUCUGCGUCGAAACCAAGAGAUACUCGAUCUCCAGAAGAACAUUAUCAACUUCAGGAGUGAGGUUGUGGAUCGGAUCCAGAGUAGCAUUACGGUAUUGCAUAAGGUGUUUCCGAACGUCAUCCCUUCGUAUGACCUGAGUUUCCAUCUUCACCUUGACGUGUUGGAAUGCAGGGUUGUCGGUGUCCGCCUCGCUGACGCCCUCAAAUUGGCAAAUCAGCUUCUUCCUCUACAAGACCCCUCCUUCGGAGUGCAACGUCUGGGCCUCAAGAUGAUUCAGUUCGCCUACAAGGAAUCUAUUUCUUGCGCAAACUAUUGUCAAGGUGCACUGGGUCAUAGCUUGAUUGGUCGCAACUCGUCCCUUGAAGCUGAGAUCAGGCUGCAACAGCUCCAGUUCAUGCUCUUUGCAAAGACAACUAGAGCUCAGCGUUCUGAGCUUGGACCUCCUGUCGACGACAAUGUCAUGCUCAUGAAUGGAGAAACAGUUAAGGUUGGAUUGGAGGCAGUAAACGCAAUCGGUCGCAGAUCCCCGGGGACAUGUACCGGUUUGAUGGCGACUGCACAGGACAUUGCCAUAGCCUUUGAGCAUCAAGUUGGUUCAAAGCUGCCACCAAUCCCGAAGAUCAAGAACGACUAUACUAGGCAGGUUGAAAACCUAUGGGGACGUCACCAGCUUGGAUACCUGGUCAUGUGCUGUCGAUCCCAUCCCUACUCGGCAAAGACUUUCUCGGAUGGCUGCCCAUAUUGUGAGAAGCAGGCUCAACUGUCAGUUGAUGAAAUCUUCCGUGAAUCUGGGAAGCAUCUGUUUGAAGAGCAGUUCUUGCAGAUCAUGCAUUCCAGGGCCCCGAUGUCUCACAAGUCCGACCAUCACGACCCGGAAAGGGCGAAAUCACCUGUGCCGUCGGUCGAGCAGGAGACCUCGAAAGAAACCGCUACCAGUGCGCCUGUGAUUGAAUUGACUGCUGAAGAACGAUUUCUAGCAGCAAUGAGGAGAGGUCCUCCAAAGAUACAUGCUGGAGUUCCUUCCGAGGCGAUGAAAGAGCAGAGUAAGGCAGCUGUUGAGGCAGAAGUGGCUAGGGAAGUGGACAUUGGAGCAGGGGUGGAGAUGAAGGUGGAGGUAAGAAUGGACAUGCAGGAGUCGAUUGCAGUUGAACCUGAAAAAGAGCUGACGAUGGAGGAGAAGUUUCUUGUCGCAAUGAGAAAGAUUGGCAAAGCAGAUGUCAACGUCUUUCCAAUGCGAUACGAAGAUGAUUUUGCUAACGUUUGGGAGAACAGCUACCGGGUGGGAUUGUGCCUUGGGGUGUCGGAGGACAAGGACGCCCGUGUCUGGGAAGAUGGAACACCCCGACUACCAGUCUACGAUGACGAGGUUUUGUCGGCGGCGAUACUUCCCAUCGACAGAGAAGAAUGA